AUGUUUGAGCUUUUGAUGCAACAGAAAUUGAGCGAUGACAGCGCUGCUGCUGAGCGCUAUCAUUCGUCAUCAUCCCUGAUGAAUGGUGUGCCGAAACCUCCACCAACAUAUGUCCCUCCUACUGGUGCAUCGUUCAUGACAUGGCCGAACAUCUACAAGAAUCUCAAGCGUAUUGAUUAUUGCACUGAGCAGUUUGACUACAUCAGCAACCGCAUCAAGUGCAUUACUGCUCUUACUCAUGGACCAUUCCUUCAGUGA